CUUCUGUGGAUGCAAGCACCGUCCAAGCUCUGGCACACGAACAGAAAACAAACCCAAACAAUGACAUUAUUUGCAACAACACGACAGUAUCACACCAUUAUCUGACAACUUGAAACAAUUACGUGCCUCUUCUGCUCGCUGUUUGCCGCCUCAGCCCUGUGCCCAGAGGCUCGUUUAGAAUCAUGAUGCUCAGCAGCUCAGUGGAUGUACCCAGCCCAGGGGGUAUGAGCGCAGUGGCAGCCAGGAAUGUGGUGCGCAGUUCCAGCAUCAGUGGGGCCAUGUACAGUUUGCAGAAGAGCCCCAGCAGCACAGGACCCGAUGCCACAGGCCUGGUAGGAAACAAGAAGCGUCGCUCCAGUCUGGGAGCCAAGAUGGUGGCUAUUGUGGGGCUGUCACAGUGGAGCAAGAGCACUCUGCAGCUCAACCAGCAAGAUGGGGGGACAAAAAAGUUACGCAGCACCAUCAGGCGGAGCACAGAGACAGGUAUCGCUGUGGAGAUGAGGAACCGUGUCACACGACAGGGCAGUAAGGAUUCAACAGAUGGCAGCACCAACAGCAACAGCUCAGAUGGAACGUUCAUUUUCCCCACCACUCGUGUGGGCCCUGAGAGCCAAUUCAGCGACUUCCUUGAUGGCCUUGGCCCCGCCCAGAUUGUGGGGCGUCAGACAUUAGCCACUCCUCCAAUGGGUGAUGUUUACAUUGGCGUGGUGGAUAGAGGGGGUCAAUUAGAAGUUGAGAUCACACAGGCCCGAAGUUUGACCCCUAAACCAGGGUCAAAAAACAUUCCCGCCACGUAUGUAAAGGUGUAUGUCCUGGAGAAUGGAAUGUGUCUCUCUAAGAAGAAAACCAGAGUGGUGAAGAAAACCCUGGAUCCAACCUUCCAGCAAUCCCUGAUGUUUGAUGAGAGCCCUCAGGGGAAAGUGUUACAGGUGAUCAUAUGGGGCGACUACGGCCGCAUGGACAGCAAGUGUUUCAUGGGAAUGGCUCAGAUCCUCCUGGAUGAUCUCGACUUAUCGUCAAUGGUGGGUGGCUGGUACAAGCUCUUCCCUACUUCCUCUCUGGCAGACCCCAGCAUCCGCCCCCUGACACGCCGCCUCUCCCAGUCUUCACUCGAGAGCGCCACCAGCCCUUCGUGCACAUAAAGAGAACCAGCCAUCCAUGUCCCCUCUAAAUAUGCCUAUACUCUCUAUCUCUACGUGUGUACCUUUGUUCAACAUACCCCACCAUACAGACCCUGAAGCAUGUACACACACUCUUUGAUAGAUGUAACCAACUCCUAUAUAACCGAUAUAUAACAGAAAUAUUCAGAGUUUGAUACAAAUCAGGCAUGACACACAGCUGACAUACACACUCAUAGAUGGAUUUGGGUGUAACUGAAUCAAUCUUGGCUUGUUACAUGCAGAUCCAUUGUGAGCCAGUCACAACAAACACUAAAACAGGCAUUCAAUACAUAUAUUGAGAAUUGUUCCUCACAAUGUAGCAUUUGUGUUGGCUUCUUUGGCCAAUGCCACAAAGAGCAGAUGGGUUCUCCUUGACUAGUUGUUCUUCUAUACAUGCUGAACCCUCGAGGGUUGAACAAUUCUCUAUGCCAAACCUGGUAAAAGUUUAUUUUUUAAAAACCAAAGCAAUUCUUAUUAUCUGUAGUGUCAUAUUAUAGAGUAUAGAUAUGUAGCAGAGUCAAUGACUUAGAUGAGAUGCAAAAAACAAAGACGUAUAAGAAAAAAGUCUACAUACACAAUAGACUACAUACACAACUAAACUUUUGUAGGACAGAGCUCAACUCCACUUGUCAGGUUAUUAGAAAUGCACACAAUUCAUGUUGCAUAAAGUAGCGUUAAUUCUCUAUUUCUUUUUUCUGAGAGCUGAGUAAAUAAAGAUAUAGAUUGAUAUUUUUGUUUAUGGAUUUAUCGACUGCAUUCUGCAUGUUAACUCACAACCCUUGUUGAACAAAAUAUAUUGUGCUAUUUUAAGCUUGCCUUUAAAAAAAUGUGUAGAAUUAUAGAGAUUAGGUUAUUUAUUUUGUUAAUGUUUCACUUUUGGUUCUGAAUAACAAACUUGGUCAAAGGAAUCGAACCCUCUCUUUGUAACGGAGAACCGUCCAGUUAAACCAGCAACCCUCUUUUCCAGCUGCAUUGUGCUAUUGACAGAAUGAAAAAGGUAGGUGUCGGCUGUCAAACGAGAAACUUUUCUUGUAGCAUGUACUGAAACAAAGGUAUCUGGGAUGAGUUGUCCUUAAGUGGAAUUUAGUUGAGUUUGAUGGAGCUGCUCUAGACCCUUGUGCUUCUUUCUACCAGCAUAUGGAUCCAACUCAGGGGGUGACCACUGAACAAAUACAACCUACACAACUAUAUAAGGAUUGUCGAUGGUGUCGCUCUCUCAACAGGAUCUUAAAGCCCAGAGAAAAUCAUAUUCCUUAUAAUAUCUGACAUUUUUCUUUUUCGUCAUGUUACUGAACUUUGCCAUUGUGAUUACUCCUACCCAAUCUAUAGUCUUCUUCAGCAUCCAGCCUUCCACUCUGAAGCAGUGCCAGUAGUAGGAUGCAAUCUUUGGAGGUGCAUUUUGAUCUUUAGGUUGAGCAAGUGCUUGUCUCCUCAUCAGACCGGGGUUGGGGGGCCCCCUUGAUCCUUUCGCUACCCAAUGGGAACUUGAGUGCAAUACCCCCCUAGCCCCCUCUUAAGCAUAUAAAUACCCAUGCUCUAAAGCCAAAUGACUCUUUAAAUGGCUUCUUCUGUCAAUCUUUGGUAUUACAGAGGCUCACUCAUAUGUUAAAGAAUGUACCACACUCCUGGCAAUUAUUCUGAUGCUAAAAAGGGCACAUUUAUAUUUAUUUCCAUAUUUCCUCUGAAAUUAUCUAUUGAGCAGAAAAAGACACCUUACAUAUCAGAGUUUCUCAUUCUGUUCCAACUCAGUCUGUACAACUGUUGUCUUAUUCACGUUCCAUGUCAAAUUUCCAUUUAUCUUCUGCAGAGAAGAUGGGAAUAAACAUUCUGAUAGGUGAGAGGUGAGCUUCACAAAAGCAAUCAUUUGCCAAGUCAUUUAAGAUGUUUGUGUAAUUCAUUCUGAAAACUAUAUAGUUCUGAUUGGGACUUUUUAUGGAGGGCUGCCUAUCACAAGUGCACAAACUCUAACAGUUGAUUGAUGUCAUGAUUUGCAUGCAAAAAUUCAGUGUCAGGAUAGUGUACCUUAUAAAGCUGCUUUUAAUGACUUAGUGAGACCAUGAGCAAACCAUUACAUCUGAUCAGUGUUGGGUUACUCAAAGAAAGUGUAAUCCACUACAAAUUACUUAUUACCGCUCUUAAAUUGUAAUAAGAGUGCUUUACUGAUUACUUUAUUGAAAAAGUAAUCAUAAUAAUAAUUACUUUAAAGUUAGAAAUACUGUAUGUGUAACCAAAUAAUGUACUUAAAAGUAAUUAAAUGUAUUAAAAGACAGUAACUAUAAUCUGAUUGCAAGAAUUUUAAAGUGUUACACUACUUUUUUUAAACUAAAAAGUAAUCAUAUUUGUUGUAACUAAUUACUUUGUAAUUAGAUUACACCCAAACAUGCAUCUGAUUUAUAAUUUUGGAUCACAACAUUUUAAGGUAAUUCUUUCCCCAACCUUUUAAGUAUAUUCAGUAUGGCAUUUUGUACAAUCUGCAAAGUUGUUUUUACAUCUGUCUUUCUGUUAGCUAAUGUUAUCACUACCCUGAUCAAGGUGAAUGCACAGAGUGUUUUAAAAGGGUAUUUUCCUUGGAGAUUAAUUCUAAUUAUCUGUGAAAGAAAAUGUUACAUUUGCUGAAUAUGUAACUGUGGCAUGGGGGUCAUAUGUCGGUCUGCGGGGGAGGGGGAGAGCGGUAAGGAUCGUCACCUGGGUUAUGAUUACUAUAACACCUGUCUCUGAUUAUAGUGAUGGUGGUGGAGACCUGAAAAGGCAUGCCACGAGAGUCAGAGACAGGUGUUAAAGUAAUCAUAGGCCAGGUGACGAUCCUUACCGCUCUCCCUCUCCCACAGACUGACAUAUAAUUUUGAAUGGUUUCUGUAGGGCCAAAUGUCUAUGUUGGGCCAAAAAAUUUGAUCAUCAUGGGGGCUGCAAUGCAUAGUGGUAAACAGGUUCCGCUCACAUUGAAAGAAACAAGUGUACAUAAAUUGGUCAUCACUGACUUGAUAGAUGUAGUUUUCUGUCAUCAACCGUGUUUUUGUUCAUGUUUUGCUUUUUUACUGACAAUUGAAAGUCAUAACUCUAAGGUGAUUAUUACUUAGAAAUCUUAUUUGUUUGCACCGUCCCAUUGCACCACAGAGAGGUAACAUACAAGUGUCUGUGUAUUAAAUUAGGAACAAAAAACAAUUCUAACUAAAGUUUAAAUUAAUUUGUAUUGCUGUAUACUGAAAACAAAAAUGUAUUUGAAGUUGAAUGUUUGUCCUUGGUAAACGCUAUAAAAUUACUAUUAGAAAUUGAUGUUUUUUUCUAUGUGAUUUUAUGUACUUGGAAACUUGGGAUUGUAUGUGUCCCUUUACUACAAUGAAGUAGAUACAAAAUAUUUCAUUACAAAAUGUAAAGAGUUUGAAUGCAUGAACAUUUGUACUGUACUAUUCUAUUUUUUCACGUGUAG